AGAGGAAGGACGUGGUGCCGCGUGCUUUCUAUACCUCGUCUCUGUCUCGCUAUCAAACUGCGAUUUGCACGAUCGUUCGAACGAUCGUUAAGCUUUCAUCGAACGCGUGCGGACCGACGCGAACGAUUCGUGAAUAACGACGACACGAUCCUGCGAUUUCGACGAGGAUCGUCCUUUCGCGACUGGUGGUGACAAAAAGAGUUCCGAUAAAGUUUGUUCGGGUCGUCGUAAAGACAAAAUCGUACUGGUGUCGAAACAGGAGACGGUGCAAUCGUUUGGAAUCGAAAGAAGAUUGGGAUUAACGAGGUCCGAGACCAUUUAAAACUGGUCCGAAAGAUGAACUGGUUUUUUAUGGGUCGGCCGAUCGACGGGUAACGAGGGAAGAAAAAACGCCGGUCGAGUUUGAAUAUAUCGGGAAUUGUGCGUGUCUACGGGACCGUACCGGGCCUCUGAAAAAAUCGCGGUGCAGCACCGUGACCCUGAACACCUCGACUGCGUCGCGAAAAUAUCGUUACUCCCCGGGGCUCCGAGCGAACGAGUAUCGAGAUUCGGUUUCGUAUGCAGUGACGCUUCCUCGCCCCGUUUCUUUGAAACAGACCGUGCGAUCGGCUUCGUAAAAAAGGAGCUGCAGACCUCGACGAUGAAAGCGUCCCGAAGGGUUUGAGACGGCUACGAGGCGAUCCCAUUGUCCUUUGCAGUAGAACCGCGAGUGAAAAGGGGAAGUGAAGAGAACUCGUGCCAAGAAACAGCGAACAGGAAUCGAUGAAAGAUGGCCUCUGUAUGCGGCAGUAAUAAAAGUUAUCCGGCAAUGAACACCGGCGGCUACUACAGACCGGGUGCCUAUCCCUAUCAGAACGACUAUUACUUACCACCGCGCUCGACGUGGUCCCGAGUGUCGCCUCAGCAAACGAAGAAGCAGCGAGGUAGCACCACGUGGAAGAUUGGCAGCGCGAUGUUAAUUGUCUCGGCUAUGCUGGUGCUAAUUGCGGUCUUGGCGAUCGCAGGGCUCGCUCUAUGGAUGGGAGCUCUACGGACCGACUCGAAAAAUGCGAUCGUGGGGUUCUCCUGUAGCUUCAGGGUGUCCAAGGGAGAGAAAUACAAUCCGAUGUUAAAACUGAACACCAGCAUGGUGUUCCGCGAGAGGGAACGCAAGUACAAGAACAUAUUCGAAUUGUUAUUUAGAAGAAGCGUGUUGGGCACCGCUUACAAGCAGACGAUCGUAGAUAAGUUCGAAAGCGGUCUGCUGAAGGUGUUCUUCAGGAUCUAUCUCGACAGGAGGAAGGUGCCGCGGUCGAUCACGAACGUCGAGGACACGAUCGAAGACAUCAUCGCGAAAGAGACGUAUUCGUCGUCCUCCUUGUUCAAGGACGUGGAACUGGACCUCGCUAGUAUAUCAGUAAAAAGGAUGAACCAAGACGUGCCGGGAGCUCAAAAACAAGCACAGAGGAACGCGAUGAUCACGAAGAACGGCCUUUUGCGACCGAACAGAAACAGCACUCUGAUAACGUCGAAACAAAAAUCGAGACCGAGCAAGAUCGAAUCUACCGAACCUGAGAUCGACUUCAGCGACAUACCGACGAUACAGGGGACUUACACGGCUUCGAAGGUGAACGUCAGCUCCUCGAACAAAACGACCAACUUUAGCCAGGAAUCGACGACAGCUGAAACGGUCGCAAUGAACAAUACCAAAGUAUCGCUACCUCAACGACAGACUACGAACGAGCCGAGCACCGUGCCGGAAACCGCUGGAACGACUCAGCGCACCGUUCAAACGACCGACGAAACGAGAGAGAGGACCAAUUACACCGUUAAGAAUGAGUCGUCCAACGGCGCGGAUCACGGAUCCACUAAAAAGCUCGUUACGUCUACGGAUUCCACGACUCCGAUAAGAGACGACGAUCUCUUCGAGGAUUUCCGCAAGCCCGAUCUCGAGACGUCGCCGUGGAGACCCAUUAUACCUGGAUACGGGAACCCCGAGUUGAAACUGUUGCCGGGCGGCGUAGAGAAGACCACGAAAACUGACUACAAAGUGAACCACGGCAAUUCUGGAGAGAACACUCCCGGCGCGUCUACGAAAACUCCUGAACACGACGUCCCAAGCCGAGUUGCCGAGUCGUCGACGGCUAGAAUCGAUAUCGCUAAGCCUUUGGAAAUGAUCGCGCCGUACGUCGACGUGCCUGGGAUGAGCACCUUCGACGUCGCGGACGCCGAUUUCCCUCGGGACAGAGUCGUUCCUCAGGAAGUGGUGAACUUCCGAGUGAACGGAAAGUUUAAAAACAAGUUGUCGGAGGACGGGCAGAUGUUCGCGGAGGCUGUGCCGGUCAGGAUACCGGAUAUAGAAGUCGCUGGUCAACUGCCACCAGAGACGUACGACGUCGAGCUUCGGACACCAUCGCUGACGGAGAAGACCGAGUCCUCUUUCGCCAAACCUGACCGACUUACCGACGAAAACGAGACAGGUUGGAGGGUCUCCGAUUCGCGAGUGACGUACCCGGUGGCGGACGGUACUGACGAACGAAACGAGAAAUUGAACGUUAAGACUCCUGACCCCAUCGAGACGAAUAAAGAGAAAAUGGGUCAGAGCACCGGUAUCGAAGACGACGAAGGUUCGGACGGUUUUCUGGCUUCGACCGGCUCGAGCACUCUUAGACAGGAGCCGGUUCAGGGAGAUUCGAACGAGGAAUCGACGACGAACGUGUCGGGCGUAGGUGUGGCGGAGCCAGUUCCGGACGUGGACGUCGACUUGGAAGCGAGAAAUCGUUAUUCGGGCAUCCAGACCGUGGAUAAACGUCGUAACGACGGUUUGCAAGAUAGGAAGGUCGACAAAAACGCGCAGGAACCGGUCUACACCAGUUACAAAACGCCGGACUUGAACGGGGCUGGGAUCAGGCCGAGCUUGAUCGAGAGUUCCGGAACUCUAAAGCCGUUCAGACACACGAUACCCGUAGACAAAAUCGCGUCCGUCGUCGACGACACCGAGAGCCGAAGGAACGGUUCGUCGAACCAGGAAAUGAACGCGGUGACGCACGGUACAACGGGAGGCAAGUUCACCGCGGCUUCGGAUGACAAACCGAAAGAAACUUGGACGACGUCGUCAGGGAUUCAGAAGGAAAUCAUUGAAUUAAAAACUUUUGACAGAGAAAGUAACGAUACCAAUGUUGACUUACGUACGAACGGUUCCGCUGCAACUACGAAAGUUGGCGCACACGAAUCGGCCGAAUCGAGUACCGAGAGUUCAAUAGACAACGACAAGUUCUUGAAGUUGAGCACCACGGAGGUUUAUUCGGAAACGAUACGUCCACUCUACGAUAUCGCGGACAAACUGAUCGCGAAGAACGAAGAAAAGCACAAGGAAGUAGCCCCGGAAAGAUCGACGGCCAGUGUUUCGAGAAACUCGACCUUCAUCGAGAUCGACACUUUGAAACACACGCCCGGGGAAGGGGAUUCCGACUCGUCGGAAAGUAACUCGUCGUCGAAACUCGAGAACGAUCGGUUUCCCAAUGCGACUGCCAAUCGAUCGUCGAACUCGGUCGAAGCUAAGAAGAAAAUUUACAACGAUACCCUGAAGGCGUACGUGGUGGAGAAUUUGGUCACGCUGGCGCCUGUAAAGAGCAACACGGGCAUCGGAAGGCCCGUGAGACCACGGCCGAAGAUCGACAGAGAGAAAACGAUGAGGACCGACGACGCGUCUGACGAUCGCAGCUCCUCGGACGAUGCCGUGCUCUUAGAACGAUUGUUCGGUGCACAAAGUCGUGACGGAAACACGACAAAGCGCGAUUCGUCUGAUCGUCCCGAGGGAGACCAAGAGUAUUUUCAUAACGGCACGGUAGAACAGAUCGUAGAAGUGGUGACCUCGACUAGCACCAAGGUAUCCUCGAGCAUCAAAGGGAGUCCCGUCGUACUGAAAUUCAUCGUGACCAAUUCCACCUCGCUCCCAGUGAUACGCACCGAAUAUCACGAAGAGCAAACAACGACGUAUCCCAAGGAGGUAUCCGUUAACGAGGAGAAUCGAUCCUUCAAGGAUCAGAUCUCUGUGAAGGAAAAGGGUCUGACGCAGACGUUCGACAGAAAGAUCUCGACGAUCGAUGAAAACGAAUAUCUCUUGGACAGAUUGAAGCAAUUGGCGGACGUCGGAGUGGAGAACGAGCCUGCCAAGAGCAAGAACGACUCUAGACCUGAGUCGAAACCUCAUAAGUCGAACGUCAAGUUGAACACGAAAUCGGAGGAGCAUCGACCGCUGCCGGACUUCGAGAAGCUGAGAGAGAUCGCCGAUGUCGCCACGGGGAACGAGACGCUGAUGAAUUCGAGCGCAGCGUUCACGAUGACCCGCGACGGUGUCGAGAUAUUGACGAAAAUUUUAAAUAAAAUGGAAGACCGAACCGACAAGAUGAUCUCCACUACCGAAGAGAAUUUAGAAACCGAUGAUUGUCUCGGCUUCCUUUGCAAAGAUGGUAAAUGCUUACCCUCCAGCGGUAGAUGCAACAUGUUGGGUGAAUGCCCGAGUUCCGAGGACGAGGCAAAUUGUACGUGCGCCGACUUUUUACGAGCUCAGCUCUUGCAAGAAAAGAUUUGUGACGGCGUCGCGGACUGUUGGGACUACUCGGACGAAACUGAUUGCGACUGGUGCGAGGACGGUCAGUUCGUUUGCGGCAACAGUCGAUCCUGCGUAGACCAGGACAGAGUUUGCAACGGCUACGCGGACUGUCCCGGGGGAGAGGACGAGAAAAAAUGCACCGCGCUGAUAGAAGAAGAUUCGCUGAAUUACGAAGAGAGUAACUUGGACGAGACGGAGAAUACGUCUAACGUCACCGUGACCAGAGACGAACGACCGCCGUCCGAAGACCACUUUCCACGAGUGGAAUCGACCGCUGAUAAGGACGUAUUUUACGAUCAAGAGGCGGUGGAGUCCUCGAUCUCGGAGUCGACCACCUUGCACGCGAUCAAAGGUCAAGUUCAAUUAGAAAAGAUCACGGUUACCAGAGACGAGUCGGUCACUGAAGAAAAAGCGUUGCUCAACGCGACGACCCUCGUCUCUGGACGGGAAAUAUCGCCGCACGCCAAGGACGCGGUAACUCACGGCAAUUCUAUCCACGUGAACGCGAAGAAUAACGACGAAACGCCGGUGACGAGAAAAGAGAUCGACAAUUACAACGAGAAGGGUUACUUGAACGUCCGCAAAAAUGGCAAAUGGGGAAAAUUGUGUCUCGGCAGAAUGCACGACCUCGCGCAGGAGAGGCAAGCUGCUUGGACCAUCGAAGACCUCGGCAGAGCAGUUUGCAAGGCGAUUACUUAUCAAGAUUACGACACGGUGGAGAAGGUACUGGACGAAAAUCCGACGUCCGCGAGAUCGUACUAUGCCUUGUCGUACAGCGAGAAAGCCCCGGAUAAAACGAUCCUCACUUUCAAACCGUCCGAAUGUCCGAGCGGCGAGAUUCUCAGGGUCAAGUGCAAGAACCUUGAGUGCGGAAUACGAACUCAGGCACCGUCCCAAGCUAGAUCGUAUGUUCGGCGUUAUAGAAUCGUCGGAGGUGGGAGUUCCUCGGCCGGGAGCUGGCCCUGGCAAGUGGCACUGUACAAGGAAGGUGACUAUCAAUGCGGGGGUGCUCUGAUCAACGAUAGAUGGAUCUUAUCCGCGGCACAUUGUUUCUACCAUGCUCAGGACGAGUAUUGGGUCGCGAGAAUCGGCGCGACUCGGAGGGGAAGCUUCCCCAGCCCGUACGAGCAAGUGCUGCGGCUGGAUCACAUAUCGCUGCAUCCCGACUACAUCGACAAUGGAUUUAUAAACGAUAUAGCAAUGCUCAGGCUCGAGGCUCAGGUCACUUUCAGCGACUACGUACGACCGGUGUGCCUCCCACAGUCUGAACCGAGAAGCGGGACCAUGUGCACCGUGACCGGUUGGGGACAAUUGUUCGAGAUAGGGAGAAUAUUUCCGGAUACCUUGCAAGAGGUGCAACUGCCGGUGAUCUCGACGGAGGAGUGUCGUCGGAAAACUUUGUUCCUCCCGCUGUACAGGAUUACGUCAGGGAUGCUGUGCGCAGGAUUGAAGGACGGUGGAAGAGACGCUUGUCUAGGAGACAGCGGCGGACCUCUCGUAUGCUCGGGAUCUGAUAACAAAUACACACUUCAUGGUAUCACUUCGAACGGUUACGGUUGCGCCAGACCUGGAAGGCCCGGAGUUUACACAAAGGUUCAUCAUUACCUCCCGUGGAUCGAGUACACGAUCUCGAACGAAGACGUUCGAUCCAUCACGUCGACCUGCAAGGGUCAUCGGUGUCCACUGGGCGAAUGUUUGCCGAAAUCGCGUAUAUGCAACGGAUUUUUAGAAUGCUCGGACGGUAGCGACGAGCGCAACUGUCCAGCUAAUUUUUAACAAAAACAAGACUGACAAUAUCUGUAUUUAUUUGUUGGAUCGCACGUUCGACGAACAGAUUCGUCUUUGCGACGAGCAGAUUUAAGGAUGUAUUGGCUUGGCGAGUCAAUCCGAAAAGUUUAUGUACCUUAGAAAAACGCAUUUCCUAUA